AUGAGUGAAUCUAAUCUAUCCAGUUUUAUCAGUACGAAUUAUUUCAACCUAAGGUCGGCGGCUAACUCUUCAAAUUAUAUUUCGAAGCCAAGUACGAAAAAGAGUACGAGGAAUCAAAAGUCGCCAACGAAUAUUAGUAAUUGGAUUCCCAAAAAGAGAACGCUUCAAGUAGCAGAGGCAACAUGGGAAAACAAUGAGAAAGGUUCAUCGCAUAGUCAUUACUUAAUGAAUGGAUCAAUGGCCUCUAGAACUACAACUUCCUUAAGUCGAUACAGCACCAACGCUUCACUCCUCGGUCCUAGUGUUGACUGCGUUCUUUGUUGUAUAUACGAAGUUCCGAGAGACAUUAGUACGCGAAUUGGGUUAUGUAUUAUCAACUGUAACACAGGACAGAUGUAUCUUUCAGACUUCAUGGAUUCACAAAUUUACAUUCGCGUAGUGCAUAAACUCCAAAUUUACCAACCUACGGAAAUACUGAUCCCAAGUAGUUCUCUAACCCCAACAGUAUCAAAAUUAGCGACAAUGAUAAAAUUCAACGUGGCUGAGACUGUUAAAAUUGAAGAGGGCUCACGAAAGUGCUUCAAUAGCCAAGAUGGACUGGCGGCGAUUACAAAGUACUUAAUAGAUGAUACAAAAAAGAACUUAAAAAUUGAAGAGGUUAUAGAUAAAACGUUUGCUCUUUGCGCUGCAUCUGCUGCGAUAAGCUACAUGGAAGAGAUUAUAUCCAAAAGCACACGAAAUUUGAAUGCUUUUCGCAAACUACGUAUACAGUUUGAAGGAACAGAAAAUACAAUGUUGAUCGAUUCUAAAACCGUCAGAGGUUUGGAGCUUGUAGAAAAUAAACUGGAUAAAAACGGUAUAUCACUAUGGAAGUUCUUGGAUACUACCUCAACUAAAAUGGGACAAAGAUCACUUCGGAACAGUAUACUCCAGCCAUUAACUGAUAGAAAUAGUAUCGAAAUGAGGUUGGAGGCUCUGGAAGAAUUGAAAGCCAAUGACGACCUUUUACAAAAGUUAAGAUCAGAAAUGAAAUCAUUAGCUGAUCUGGAUAAACUAUUUUCAAGGUUAUUAUGCAUUAAUCAUUCGGCAAUAAAAUCGGACCAAAGGAUUAAUUACGUUUUGUUGCUAAAGGAAACUAUACAAAGCGUUAAGUCACUGAAAAACACACUUAAUGAUCAGUCAAUACAAAGCCGUUUAAUUAGCGAAACCAAAAAAAUAUUCAACAAUGAUGCAAUCAUAGAAAUUGAAAAAUCAAUUGAUAGUUGUAUAAAUGAAGAUUGUGUUUGGGCAUCCUCAGCUAUACAACUACUUAACCAACGUUCAUAUGCUGUGAAGAGUGAUUCCAAUGGACUUUUAGAUGUUUCAAGACAAAUUUACAAGGAGGUAAAAGAGGAAUUUUUUCGUGAGGUAGAGGAUCUUACUGCUAGAAACAAAAUCAAUUUAGAUCACAGUUAUGAUUCGGCUCGAGGCUUCUACCUCAGAAUAAAAAGACGUGAUUUUACCGACGACAUCGCUAGACUUCCAGAUAUAUUCAUUUCAAAAACAAUAAAAAAGAACUAUAUUGAAUGUACAACCCUAAACAUAAUUAAAAGAAAUGCGAGGUUAAAGGAAGUUAUGGAAGAGAUAUUGCUUUUGAGUGAAGAGACAGUUGAUGAACUGCUUGACAAAAUCGCGACCCAUAUUUCUGAGUUAUUUAUGAUUGCAGAAGCAGUGGCUAUUCUGGAUUUGGUUUGUUCAUUCACUUAUAAUUUGAAAGAAAAUAAUUACUCAGUACCAAUAUUUACAAACAAUCUACUAAUUCAAGAUUCAAGACAUCCGCUACUUGAAAAGGUCAUAAAAAAUUUUGUUCCUAACACCAUAUCAAGUACAAAAAAUAGUUCCAGCUUACAAAUCAUAACGGGAUGCAACAUGAGUGGAAAAUCAGUUUACCUUAAGCAAGUUGCCCUUAUUUGCAUAAUGGCUCAAAUGGGAUCUGGUAUAUCGGCACAUUAUGGAUCUUUCCCCAUCUUUAAACACUUGCACGCAAGAGUUUGCAAUGACAGCAUGGAAUUGACCUCAUCAAAUUUUGGUUUUGAAAUGAAAGAAAUGGCUUACUUCUUAGAUGAUAUAAAUACAGAAACAUUAUUAAUUUUAGACGAACUUGGCCGUGGUUCAAGCAUCGCUGAUGGGUUUUGUGUGUCUUUGGCAGUUACCGAACAUUUACUUCGAACGGGGGCAACGGUAUUUCUUUCUACACACUUCCAGGACAUUCCAAAAAUAAUGUCCAAGAAGCCAGCGGUUUCCCAUCUUCAUAUGGAUGCUGUUCUUCUCAAUGACAAUUCCAUUGAAAUGAAGUAUCAGUUGACCCAGAAAUCUGUUGCAAUAGAAAAUAGUGGAAUAAAGGUGGUAAAGAAAAUAUUUAACCCGAAUAUUAUUACAGAAGCGUACAACAUUCACUCACUUUUGAAAAUUGCGAAAGCAAGGACUGAAAACAAGGAUUCAAAUAAUGUUGUUGACCAAAAGACCAUAAACCAAAUGAAGAGAAUACACAAUCUUGUAGCAAUAUUGAGUGAAUGCGCAGGAAAUGAAAAGGGACUGUUGACUUUGGAAAAAUUAAGAGAAAUAAAUUCCGAAUUUAUCGAGAAUUUUGAAGGAUAA